ACUUGAUGUAUGGAGAUGAUGACAAGAAGUUUUUUUUUUAAUUGUUCUCUUAGAAUUAAAGCUUCAUUUACCAACAAAUAGCAAAGUAAAAAAAAAAAAUCAAUUGCAACCAGAGGCCACAUAGGUUAGCACUUAACGCGGCAAUUAAUGGUAGGGUUUAAUUGUUUUAAUGUCUAAAAUAUAGGGCAUAUAUUUAUUAAAAAAUUUAUGAGUGAAAAUUUUUUGGACAUUUUCCCAAGUAAUGUCAAACAAGUCUAAACACCAGAUGUAAUCCAUAGAGAGCCAAGCCUAUUAUGAAUCACUUCUUCCAUGAAUCUUAGUCUCUCGUGUCCGUUUGGCAGCCCACGUGCCAUAGACGAAGAAAAAAUUUAGUGAAAUUUAUUGAUGAGAAAAAAGAUCACGCUCUAACUUUCAAUUAUAUCAUAGAAUGUUUUCAAAAUUAGCAGUGUCUGAUUCAUUUAGAAAAUUUAAUUAAGUGUAAAAAUAUAUUUAGUAAAGAUUUUUUUUUUUUACAAAUACAACAUAUAUGUCUAAUAUGCAUGUCUUAUCAUAAUCUAAAAUAAAAUUCACGUAUUGUAUUAUGUACAUUUGGAUAUAAGUAAAAUCUAUUCAGCAUUUGAUUUAUAUAAUUAUUUUAUUGACUCUACUACAUGAAAGAUAUUCUCAUUUAACUAAUCAUAUAUUAACACCUGAAUUAAAGGUAUAAUUUGGUACUCCAGAGAUAUAAAUACAUCAACUUUUGGAAUAAAUAAACAACCCUUAAAUAUAUAAUGGGAUGAAACUACUCUCAACAAUAUCUAAAAAGAAUAAAGCUGAAAUUAAGAAAAAGAGAAGAAAAAAAGAAAAUGCGAAAAAUAAUCCAGGAAAAGUAAAAUAGUUUCAUAUUGUCGAGAAAAUCUAGUGAGAGAGGUUGUUAAAGGGUUAGGUCUACACAACAAUUUACCUUAAAAAAGGACAACAAAUGUUUUCUUUCUAGCGAAUAACCGGGAACGAAAGACUGGUAGAGAAAGGAAGUCUCACGAAAGGAUAGCUUUGUACUAAAAACGAUUAAUACAAAAAGAGGGAGGGAGAAAAAAAAAAAAAAAACAUCAACCCCAACAACAACUGAAGACAGCAGUUGCUGGACGUUUCUCCUCUCUUUUCACUUUUUAUUUUGGUGUUGGGGGAUCUGGGUUCAUCACCUAUGCUUCCUUUCUGUUUGUUCUGUAAGAAAAAAGAUUGUUGCAGACGAAUACAAGGGGAGAAAGAGAAGCUUUUUCUGAUCUUUAAAAGGAGAAAAAACAAUAAACUUUUAAGGAAAAGGCUUAAAGAUUGAUCCGAUCUGAGGGUCUUGAUCGUUUUUGGUUGGAGAAGAAAAAUAGUUGGGUACAUUAAGAAGGAGAUGGUUGAAGAUUUAGCCAUUGUUGGAGGUUUGAUAGGGGUACAAUUUGUGUAUGCAGGGAAUUCAGUUUUCUCGAGCUAUCUAAUGUCUCUUGGCUUUACACCUUCUACCAUUGUUAUCUUCUCUACUUUUGCCACCUUCCUCAUCACCUCUCCUCUUGCUGUUUAUUUUGAAAGGAGGAAAUGGCCCAAAGAACUCAGUUUCAGGUUGAUGAUCCAGCUUGUUUUGAUCUCUUUUGCAGGGGUAACUUUAUGUCAAUCGUUAUUCCUAAAAGGGAUUAAGCUAACCUCACCAGCACUCGCCACGGCCAUGCCAAACCUUACUCCAGCACUUAUUUUCCUUAUAGCUUGGACUGCAGGGCUAGAGAAAAUCAGGCUAAGCUGCGUUUACAGCAAAGUGAAGAUUGUAGGCACAUUUCUGUGUGUAGCAGGAGCCGUGUUAAUGAGUUUAUUGCACAGCUCUAAAUCAACAAAAGAUGCCAACUUUCUGCUUGUUUCCACAUCGGAUGUGAUUUUUGAUAAGCAAAAGAUGAUCGGUUGCUUUUAUCUCAUGGCUGCUGUUUUUGUUCUUUCCACCAAUGUCGUUUUGCAGGCUUCUACUUUGGGUGAUUUUCCUGCUCCAAUGUCUCUGUGUGCUAUAACAUCCUUGAUUGGUGUUAUUAUAACUGCAAUUGUUCAGUGGUUUCAAGAUCCCAAUUUUAGAAUUACUUGGCCUUUCAUGAAAUUUGGGGACCUCAUUGGCUACUCCUUACUGUCAGGGGGUCUGUCUGGAGCAUGUGUGAGCUUCAAUGGAUGGGCAAUGAAGAAGAGAGGACCAGUUCUAGUCUCCAUGUUUAGUCCCAUUGGAACAGUCAUCUCAGUUAUUCUCUCUGUUAUUACCUUCGGCGAAAGCAUUGCAAUAGGAAGCCUAGGUGCUAUGCUGCUAAUGUUUACUGGUCUGUAUUUCGUGCUAUGGGCGAAGGGGAAAGAAGGAUACCUUGAUGGGGAAAGUGAGUUAGAUACGAAGAAGGCUCUGUUAAGUUAACAGUGUCAUUAUUCUGAUAGAUUUGUACUUUGUUUCGUCGAUAGGCCACUAUAACUAGAAGGUUCAUAACAAGUGGGAAGACACUGGAAAAGUAUUUGAAUUAUGAAGUUUACUACAAGAAGACCAGUUCACUGGUCUUGUUCUGAAUAUGAAUCAUGAAACCAAGCUCAGAAAAUGUAAAUGUAAUGUAUAUAUAUUAAUUAUAAGCUCCUGCUUUUCUAAUACAUUUUUUUUCCAACUCUUGUAAAGAAAAUUAAAAAAGAGAGAGGUUGCUUUCCUGUGGUUUUAAUAGAGACUUUCCGGAAUCAAAUUGAGCAAAAUUCUAUUACAUGCUGAAACUAUGAAUUUUAUGUGAAUGUG